AAAAAGAAGAAGAUUGAAAAUAGCAAAAUAAAUCAAAUUCGGCUUGUUCGCGUAGAUAAAAUUCAGUUUUAUUGCAAUAAUGUCUAGAGAUAAAAGUGUGUGGUUCGCUGAAGAAAUACUGCUUGACGCUAAGCUCAUCAAUUUCCAAUUAGAAACUGGAGAAUGGGAUGCUGUUGAGGAAAUGUUACGUGCUGAAGCCCAGCUGUCCAGAGACGCAGAAACUGGGAGAUUGAGGCCAAAGAAAGCAUCAGAAUAUACCCUUCGUCUCAUUGCUGAAGUGCUUCACAUAAUGAGGUUAGACGUCGAGCAAGCAUCUUACAACCGCAGUACAUUGGCUGUGGCGGAACAAUGUUUACGCUUAGUAAGAUCGUGUGCUGCUGCAGGAACUAAGAUGCAAACCUACAUAUCUAAAGAGCUCUCUAUACUUGACUCAAUGUAUAUUUUGGCUUCUGAGUACCAUAAUCCGAGUGUUGAUUUUAUCAAUGAAGAAUUACAAAAGAAAUAUGAGUCUUGUAUGACAGUACUCGUUCAGACUUUAGGAAACCUAGUUGUAAAUAAUCCUUAUAACCAAAUCAUGAUCUGGACAAAAUUUGAUUCAACAAUACUGAAUUGUUUGGUUGGACAAAAUGAAAAAAUUGCAUCUGCUGCGGCUAUGAUUGUAUACAACAUAUUGCUGGGUCAACCAAAUGUAUUUCCUGAGGAUAUAACACUCCUCAAUUCACUUGGAUACAUGUACAUAAGUGGCAACACUGAGUAUCCUCACUUGAUCAUUGAAUAUCUUAUUGGUGUUGAGAAUGCAUAUAUUGAGAAACUAUAUGCAAAAUUAGACCCCGAAUGUAGAAUGCUAGUGCUCAAUUUGGCUUACAACAUUCUCAUGUCUACAGAGUCGCAAGACAUAAAUGUAUCUGUUAAUUUUGUAAAAUUUAUGGCUCAUGAGUUCAAAAGAAAAUCUGAUUGUAUACUAAAAACAGUAGACAAGUAUGUUGAGACAAUUGAGCCUCAGGAGGUGGUGUUCCUACUAGAGAUCAUAGCUACGGCCUCUAGUAUGGACACAUACAUGGAUUGUCUACAAAGUGACACAUCUUUAUUUAUCAACUGCGCUUUUCUUUUAAGAGCCAUUCACAAAUUAGGAAAAGAAAGUAAUAACUUUUUCUCAUCAAUAAAUAAGUUAUAUGAGGCAACUGGCAAGCAGUUUGUUAGUGAUGAGAUUACACCAGCAGUAAACAUCCCAACCAGUAAUCCACUGUGUAAAAAUGAUUCAGCUGACAACAUGCUGUCCUGCAAUGAAACUCAAUCAGAAUGCACAGAAUCUGAAAGUAGUGAACAAUACUUUGAAUGCAAUGACAAUAUUCAAUUUAUGGAUAAGUUUGACAAUGUGAACAAUUUGGAAAACUUACAGACAUUAAAGUUUGACAUGCUGGACAAAAAUUCUAAAGAAUAUAACACAAACAUGAAUGACCUUACUAAGGUCGCAUUUAAAAGGAGCAGCUCAGUACCAAAAUCUGAUGAUAGAACGUUGACCGUGUUGCCAACAAGAAGGAUAAGUCUCGAACACAAAAUUGAUAUAGGCGAUGACAAUGAACCUCCACUUAUUAUUGACGCUCAAUCGCCGACAGCGACAAUGAACACUAUAACUGAAGUAAUCCCUGUAGGUCUUCAACCAAAAUUAGACCUACAAGAGGGCAGCAGAACAGACUCUCAGGACAGUUCUCCAAAUGAUCCACCCACAGAAAUACACGUACCAAAAGCUGAAACGAAGGAAGUCAAAUCCUCACCCAGUGAAAUAUCACCACCAUUGUCAGAAGUGCAGCAUGAAACUGAAUCUCAAAAACAGUCGCCAGAUACGCCAAAAGAAGUAAAGAAAAGUCAGAAUUUGUCCACAGACUUUGAUUUGAGUGAGCAGCUACAAAAGAUUUUGGGCAUAUCGUCAGAAAAAACACGUACGGAUAGUUCUAAUAUUGAAAAGAAAAAUGAGGCAGUUAAGGAAGUAAAAAUUGCAGAUGAUAGUACUACUAACAAAAUACCAUUUGUUAAAAUCGACUCACCAGAAUCACAUAAAACAAGACUUGGGGCUAUAGACAUGACUACGGAAAAGAAGCCUGUUACAAAUGUGGAGACUGUUGAGCAGCAUGUUUCAUUUGGUUUCAAAGCAACAUUAGUAAGGACUCUUGCAAAUUUAUGCUGGAAAAACCAGGAAAACAAAAGACAGAUAAGAGAAUUGGAAGUCAUACCAGUGCUGCUUGAUUGUUGUAACAUUGAUGCCAGAAAUCCAUUAAUUAUGCAGUGGGUUAUAUUCGCAGUACGCAACCUUUGUGAAAACUGCCCAGAAAAUCAGGAAGUUAUAUCAAAGAUGACCCUUCAAGGUCCCAUGGAUAAUGAGUUAUUGCAAGAGAUGGGCUUAACACUACACACUGAUGCAAAUGACAAUUCUAUUAGAAUUGUUCCAUUGCAGAGAAGCUAAGUUGUUGGCCACUAAUCAUAAUAAUUAAUAUUGUCCGUAGUUGUAUUUAAAGUGCUAUUAUGUAGCUA